UUGCUCGGCGUGGCUGCUUCUUUGCCCCCUCUCCUCCCUCGGUGCUUUGGUACGAGCCGAUGGAAAGGGGCGGAGAGAGCAAAAGGAAAAGGAAGCAGGCAGCUCUUAAAGGGGCCGGUGCCAUUUUCUUGAAGCGUUUUUUUUUUCUUUCUUUCUUUCUCUGAUUUUGCAAGCACCCACGCGGAAGAGCAGGUUCCCGGAAGCCGAGCAAGGCUGAGCAGCAGGGGCCGCAUCUGGAGGCUGCUGCACCUGCGGGGCAGGUGGAGGCGAGGGUCGGCCCAUACAUAGGGAGGGCGGGGUGUGCGCCCCCCCCUGCACCCCGCGCACUUCUGGGGCGGCCCAUGCUCUGGCCUGCAGCGAGCUUUCACAUCUGGGGCCGGGCUGGGGCAGCGGGGUCCUGCGCGCAGUUAGUUGGCGCAGCCCUUGCGCUCGGCCGGGGGUGAGGCCUCGUGGUGGGGCUGGAACAGAGCUGGCACCUCCGGAUCAGGCCCGAGGCGGCAAGGGGGCCGCCGCGAUGGCAAGCGAAAAUAUUUUCCUGUUUGUGCCUAACCUCAUCGGUUAUGCCCGGAUUGUCUUCGCCAUCAUUUCUUUCUACUUCAUGCCCUGCUGCCCCCUUACGGCCUCCUCCUUCUAUCUGCUCAGCGGACUUCUGGACGCUUUCGAUGGACACGCUGCUCGGGCUCUUAAUCAAGGGACCCGGUUUGGGGCCAUGCUGGACAUGCUGACAGACCGCUGCUCCACCAUGUGUCUGCUGGUCAACCUAGCCCUGCUGUACCCUCGCGCCACUCUUCUCUUCCAGCUCAGCAUGAGCUUGGAUGUGGCCAGCCACUGGCUGCACCUGCACAGUUCUGUGGUCCGAGGCAGUGAAAGUCACAAGAUGAUUGACCUGUCUGGAAAUCCAGUGCUUCGCAUCUACUACACCUCCAGAGUUGCUCUGUUUACCCUGUGUGCUGGGAAUGAGCUUUUCUACUGCCUCCUCUACCUGUUCAGUUUCUCCGAGGGACCUUUAGUUGGCUCUGUGGGUCUUGUCCGAUUGGGCCUCUGGAUCACCGCCCCUAUCGCCUUGCUCAAGUCCCUCAUCAGCAUCGUUCACCUGGUCACAGCCGCCCGAAACAUGGCUGCCCUGGACGCAGCAGACCGUGCCAAGAAGAAGUGACCCUGGGACUUCCAGCCCCUGGCUGCCCACCUGCCCUGGGAGUCUCACUGUGCCACAUGGCUCCCCUCCGUCCUCGGAGGUCCAGGCUCACGUCUCCUAAUGUGUUGUCCAACCUACUGGGAAGGGGGUCUGCCUCUUUGGUGAUGUCAUCUUCUCUGUAAUCCUUAGGAUCCCCAAGGACAUGGACCCUAAAUCAGGAAGGAUGCUCUCAGGAGGCCUCGCCCACCUGGGCAGUGCUGGGCACCAAGGGGCCUGUCUGAAGACAGCAUUGUCACACGUACUGGCUCAGCCCUGGAGUCUGGCUUGGCCUGAGACUUUAGGGACACUGAGUGAGGGGUAGGGGCCAGGUUUCCCAAAAUGCAGGGAGUUGGACCUCUGUCCCUGGCCAGAGAAAGCCUGCAGGACUGGCCAGAAGAGAAGGAGCCAUCUAGACCCUUUCCCACUGCAGUGUCCGUCCAAUCUAUCCCAGCUCUGAAAGCCUCGAUAAUAAAGGCGGGGGCUUCACUGUCCUGGACUUGCUUUCCUUUGAAAUACUCCUGGACCGGGGCCUGGGUUGAGGGGAGCUUGGGGAAGAAGGAAGACCCAUCUGGCUGUUUUCUUCCCCCAGUUGCUGACUGGCUGGCUCCUUCCUGUCAUUCCAGUGACCUCAGAGGCCCUCCCUGCCACCCAAGCUCAUGCCAUGUCCUCUUGUCCACCUGCUCGUGACACUGUCACUAGCUGUCUGCAUUUAUUUGUAUACCUAAUACUUUCUGUCCCUUAAUACUAGAAUGGAAACUCCAUGAGGGCACUGCCUUUCCUUGGUCCUUCUGUCUCCCUACAAUCAAGAUGAACUUUAACCUGGCAUAUCGUGGCUGCUGAAUAAAUACUCACAAAUAGA